AGUGAUUGCCUCUUAUUAGUAUAUAUGGCGAGUGCAUCAUCUGCAGGAGCUGAUAAGUUCCUAUCUGGUUUGGCAUUAGCAGCCUUUGGUGCAGGAGGAGUCGGCUUAUUCUGCAAUACAUGCCUUUUUAAUGUAGAUGGUGGUCAGAGAGCAGUCAUGUGGAGUGUAUUCAGUGGUGUAUCUGAUAAGAUAUAUGGUGAAGGGACUCAUAUUAGAAUACCAUGGUUUCAACGACCACAUGUCUAUUCAAUACAGAUAAAACCUAAACUUAUUCAGACUACUACAGGUACGAAGGAUCUCCAAAUGGCCACUAUUCAUGUCCGUCUGCUGUAUCGUCCUGUUACUGAUCGUUUACCAGCUAUUCACAAGUCUCUUGGCCCGGACUAUGCUGAGAGAGUAUUACCUUCAGUUGGGAAUGAGGUGUUGAAGGCAGUUGUUGCUCGUUAUAAUGCUGAACAGCUUCUAACACAACGAGAGAAGGUAUCUCGUGAGAUUAGGAAUGCUGUAGUGGAUCGAUGCCAAGCAUUUGAUAUUGCUCUGGAUGAUGUCUCCAUCACUCACUUGAAUUAUGGUAAGGAGUUUGCCAAGGCUAUUGAGGAGAAACAGGUUGCCGAGCAGGAAGCUGAGAGGCAGAAGUUUGUUGUUGCUAAGACCGAACAAGAGAGGAUAGCAACAGUGAUAAGAGCUGAGGGUGAGGCUCAGGCAGCUACUAUGAUAUCCAAGGCCCUUAAAGAACAUGGUACUGGUCUUAUUGAGGUUAGAAGGAUUGAUGCAGCACGAGAGAUUGCUGAGACAUUGGCUAAAUCUCCUAAUGUCAUGUAUCUACCCGAGAAGCAGAAUACCCUCCUAGGUCUUGGAUCAGCAGCUCAGGGUGGUGGAAAAUAAAUUGGUUUCCGAUAAGGUCGACAGGUUACUUAUGAAUCGAUUGAAGGUAACAGGGUCGUACCCUAUCGUUUACCAGAAGUUAGUUGAGGAGUGGUAUUUAUCCUCCCCAGUGCGCAGUUUCUAAUACCUUCUCGAUUCCAGCAACUGAUCGACCUGUUGAUGAUAGUUUCAAGU